AUGGGGCGUGGCUCAAUAAUUGAGCUAUUGCUUAAUUAAAAAGAUGUCUGAUCAAAGAGCAAAAGGUCCAACUGAUCGUCUUCCAUCACUCAAAGGAAAGAGAGACCUCACACUGGGAGGAGUCAAAAAGAAAGUAUAUGUUCCUAAUAUUCCAGUACGUAGACCAAAGCCUGAGGCUCCACCCAAAACACAGGAAUCCACACCCACAAUUAAACCAGUGCCAUCAUCAAAAUCUAAAAAGGCCCCACCUCUUGAAAAGGGGAGGGGCAAGAGAAGACGUGAGAUAGUGACAUCAGCUUCAGUGUUUAGUAUGGGACCAGCCGAGGGAGCAAGAGGAAGGGGAGGGGCUACUUUUGGAUCAGUAAAGAAAGACACUGUAGUUAAAGAAGAACGUAAAUCAAAUAAUAGACCAAUAAAGAGAGAGGUUGAAGGAGAUUAUGAAUCAAGUGGUGAAGAAGGAGAAGCUAGUCUCCAUAGAUCUGAUAUUGCAUCAGUUUUUUCUUCAUGCCCCCUCCCUCCUGUGCAGCUGCCAUUGAAACACUUCUCUAGUGACAAAGAGAAACCAUUGGCUCUGAACAUACAAAUAAAGGAAGAACCAAUGGAUACUGAUAUGGUACUGGUCAAACCAGUUCAUCCUGUUUCAGAAACCAGUCAGACCAGUCCUUCGGAGAUAUUCCAACCAACAGAAGAAGGGAAAGGACAAUUCCUUUUAUUUCAGUUGCCAGACUGUCUACCGUUACCCUCUCUUUCUCCUUCACCUGAUGAAUCAAGUUCCAUUGUAACUGGUAGUUUAAGAGAUAUCCCUGAUGGGCUGAUAGGGAGGCUGUCAGUUUACAAGUCAGGGAGAGUCAAUAUAGGCCUGGGGGAUGUGUCUCUUAAUGUUGCCAUGGGAACGAGAGGUGGUUUCUUACAAGAGAUAGCGUCACUUAAGUCAACAACUGGUGAAGGAUCAUUCAUUCCACUAGGGCACUUGUCACAUAAACUAAACUGUACUCCUGACCUUGAAUCACUAGGUUUACAUACUGAAAGAUAAUGAUACAAUUUCAAAGUAGAAGUUGCCAUUGGAA